UAGAAACACCUGUGCUCACACAGGAACAGGGCUGUUCACUUCCUACUUCGGCUGCCGUGAUAACGGCCUAUAAAUCAAUCCACAAAUGAUCACCAUAUGUCGUCAGAGAGUAAAAAAACGCGAUGAAUGGAAGUAAUGGCUUAUUUGACAACAUUACCAUAACCCCUAUAAAGACGUAAAACUGAAAAAAAAAAAUUGAGUUACUGGGCGGAAUCUCUUGGAAUUUUCGUUCAUGUUUUGAACGAUUUAAUUCUAGAAUAGUGUAUUAAUAAUGGCUGGCGCGUUCAGCUAUUUGGGUUGCCACAUUUCUAAGGCCAACUGUCAACAACUGUCAGUUCGGUUGUAGUUAUGGACGAGUAUGAGAGGCAGUCGAUGGCGUUAUCGCCACCAAAAAAGAAAACAAGACACAUUUCCAAAAGAUUGUUUGAUAAAACAAGAAACCGUGUGGACAUCGGAGGAGCCUUCCUUAGAUGGCGACGUCUUCGUCAAACUAAAAACAUCAAGUCUGACGCAGAGCUGGCCAUAUUUCUCCUCGACAGGUAAGUAAACUUCAUCUUAAUCGCAUACUUCAGCUAACAUAAUGUUACAUUGGUUAGAGAGGUAGGCUAUUUUUUGUUUUUACUAUGUCAUGGUUGGAGAAACGUUAAAGCAGCUGCAGGUCAACUGUUAAAAUUAGCAGAACUAACGUUAGUCUAGCUGCAGAUCAGAUAUUCCGUUUAGGGAUAACGGUGCUAAUGUUAACGUUAGUCAAUUUAUCGAUACAGUUGUGGCGAGACAAUAUUUAGGCAUACGCCUGGUGCCAGUGAAUUUGGGGUAGGCUAUUACUUUUGGGCCUGCCAGCAAGUGCUAAUGUUAGAGUCCGAAGAGUUGUGUUGAUUGAAACAAUGUAGCCUCUCACCUAGGCUAGGCCUACAUAUCGCUAUAUUGACACGUUUUAUUAGGAGACCGACAACAAUGUAGCUGGACAGUCUCGCCUAUAUUUCACUAGCGUAAUGAAUGAUAGUAUAAAGCCUGCGAUGGUUCUUUCUUUCGCAGUAAUAGAUGACUACUCUUUCACUCAAGUCUUGGAUAGGCCUACAGGAGGCCAUUACGCCCACACACACACACGCGCGCACAUACCGGAAAAACGGGCCCAGCAGAACAACAUGUGAAGAAGUCCAAACAAACAUAGACACAUGUGAGAGUUCUCUAUACUAAAGUUGUGACAUUCUUUUGUAGCUAUGAGGGACCAAGUACCUCCACCCCUAGCAAGGCACAGUGGACGAAGUCUGUUGCUCCAGCACUGUCAUCAAUAUGUCCGUCUGAUGGAGAUCUGUCAUGUGAAUCACUGGAGAGGGAAAGCACCUUGGAUGCACCUGAAGCUCUAGAGCAAAGUUUGCAUAAUAUGAAUGUCCAGAGCGAACCACACAUGAUGGACGAAAGUGAAUUCAAUGACCUAAGAAACAGUGUUAUUGACUGGGGGACAGAUGAAGAGGACGAUGAGAACCAUGAUAAGGACGACAACAGCCAUGAUGAGGACGAUAAUAGCCAAGAUGAGGAUUACGUACCUCAUAUUAGUAUAAGGAUUGGUGGAGCACUGCCCACAUCGUGCAUUGACAGUCUGCCCAUCAUCAGCAUGAGCGAUGUUGUCCAUGACAUCGAUGCAGAGAUUGAGCCUCCAUCAGCUCAUAUACCAAUGCCGCCAACCAUUCUUCCCGCACAACUGGAGGUCUUGGCUGAGGAUGACCUAAUUGGAAAACGGGCAUCCAUCUGCUAUGAGGACUGCUUGAAACAGCUGGCAGCUGUCCUUAUGCUGCCCAUUAAACAGUGCCCAUACAGGUGCCCACGCAGUCACACAGACUGCCCAUGCCUCCCUCCCUUUGAGGUUUCCAUUACAGCAAGGGGAACAGCUAGCAUUAUGGAAUGGACCUGUCCUGCUGGCCAUACUGUGUGGAAAUGGACCUCUCAACCCACCGUGAAAUAUUCCAUGUUGGCUGGAGACUUCAUGUUGGCUACCAACAUCCUACUCUCAGGGAGUAACUAUGCCAAAGUUUCCCUGCUGUUCAAGUUUAUGAACAUCGAAAUGGUGAACCGUAGCACGUACUUUGCCAUCCAGGACACCUUUUGUGUGGAUACAAUCAAAGAAUGUUGGCUUGAGAAGAGGGUGGAGAUGAAAAGUCAUCUACAGGACAAAGAUGUGGUGAUUGUUGCUGAUGGAAGAAUGGACAGCCCUGGGCACUGUGCACAGUAUUGUACAUACACCGCAAUGGAAAAUGACACCAGGGCAAUAAUAUCGGUCAUUACCAUUGACAAGAGGGAAACCUCUAGAAACUCGGUCAUCAUGGAGAAAGAGGCAUUCAUCAGGACUAUGGAUGGGCUUCUCAGUGAGCUGAAGCUUGUUGAGGUCUGCACAGAUGCCCAUGUUCAGAUAUCUGCCCUCAUGAACAAAGGAAAAUACAAAGACCUUGGUGUGCAGCACAGCCUAGACAUGUGGCAUGGAGCCAAGAACUUGGCCAAAAGGAUCAAUGCUGCAGCACAAAUCAGAGGCCAGUCCUGCCUGAAUUAUUGGCUAAAGGACAUUGUAAACCACUUUUGGUGGUGCUGCAAAGUUGCUGGGUCAUACCAGCGCUUCCUUGAGCUGUGGUUUGGACUCGCUCACCAUGUGGUGAAUGAACACACGUGGGUGCUAGGAGGCUGCCACCAUGAGGAACAUGACACCUCAAAACAAUGGCUCACGAGAGGUUCUGCACCGCAUGAGGCUCUGAAGACCAUCAUGAGGAACAAAAGAUGGCUCAAGGAGGUUCACAAAUAUCUGAACUUCAGAUCUACAGCGGAGCUGGAAUCAUUCCAGAACCACAUCCUAAUGUAUGCCAGCAAGAGGACAGCAUACACACCACCUGUCUUUGAGGCCAGGACCAUUUUGGCAGCCAUGGACUACAAUUUUCACCUGGACAGACCUGAGCUUCCCAAACCUGACGGAAGCAAACAAUACAGGAGACUUUAUAAAAAGCAGGCGCGAAGAUACAGUGUCUACACUGUAAAGGCUGCCAAGACCUACGGCCACAUUCCUAACCUGCAGGCAAGGAUCCUGCACAAGAGGCUGACUGGUAAGGGAAUGCCCAGGCGGAGAUCACUUCGCCCACAUGACCCCAGAAGGCUAGGACUGCUUCCUCCUGUGCCAGCACCAACCUUAGAUGAACUUGUGAGAACACAAGUCGGGAGAUGUCUCGUGCCAGAGCUACCGGAAAUUUGAGUCCUUCGUGGGAAUUGGGUCGAGCCUCACAAUACUGUACAUACUGUACAUAAUCAUAACUAUAGAUUAGAUUAGAUCACAAUACUUCACAUAAUCAAAACCAUAGAUUAUCUUAGAUCACAAUACUGUACAUAAUCAUAACUAUAGAUUAGAUUUGAUCACAAUACUGUACAUAAUCAAAACUAUAGAUUAUCUUAGAUCACAAUACUGUACAUAAUCAUAACUAUAGAUUAGAUUUGAUCACAAUACUGUACA